GUUUUAGGGUUUGCUUCCAGCACCAGAAGUCCCGUUCGCUGUUGGCACAAAAGCAUUCAAUCAUUGCUUCUCGAAACGCGGCGUUUGGAUCAAUCUUUGGGUUCAAGUAUAUAGGGUUGAAUUGCUGCUUUGAGAUUUGGAGUUGAAUUCUGUAUAAUGGGUAGAAAGAAUAGUAGUGAAUCUGAGGAUGAUUCAAAGGAUCGAAGAGAUAAACAUAGACACAGUAGUAAAAGGGAUACUGAGGCUAAUGGGGAUAGGCGGCAUAGACGUCAUGGGGAUGAAAGUGAAUUAUCAGAUUCUGACAAGAAGAAUAGGAGUAGACGCCAUGAGAGGAGAGAUGAGAAGGAUGUUAGGGGUAGGGAUAGAAGGCAGGAAAAGGAACAUCGUGAGCGGAAGGAACGUGUUAGAAGUUCAGAUGAAGAUGACAGGCGGGUUGAGAGGGAGAGGGGCAGGCGAGACAAAGUGAAAACCCAUCAGCGGGAGCGCCUGGAUUCACAGGAUGAAGAUGAUAGGGAAGGACACAAGAGAUCAGAGCAGCGGAGGGAAAGGACUGGUGAUGAUGAGCAUAGAGGGUACAGAAACGACCAUGAUCGUAGAUAUCUGAAAGACAGAAGAGGUAAAAAGGAAGGUGAACAUCGAGAGGAUAGGGUUUUCCAAGAGAAGGAGAAGGAGGAGGGAGAAGUCAGGGAAGACAACUCAAAAUCUCAAAAACAAUCAACUUUGCAGGGAAGCAGUUUGAAUGCUGAUGUUUCGAACUGGGGGAGAAGUGGAGGUGUUUACAUUCCCCCUUUUAAGCUUGCUCGAAUGAUGAAAGAAGUCCAGGAUAAAAGCAGUAUUGAGUACCAGAGGUUGACAUGGGAUGCUCUUAGGAAGAGCAUAAAUGGGCUUGUUAACAAGGUCAAUGCUACUAAUAUCAAGAAUAUUAUUCCUGAACUCUUUGGUGAAAAUCUGAUCCGAGGAAGGGGCCUGUUUUGCCGAUCCUGUAUGAAAUCCCAAAUGGCUUCCCCAGGGUUUACUGAUGUUUUUGCUGCACUGGUUGCGGUUGUCAACACCAAGUUUCCUGAGGUGGGAGAGCUUCUGAUGAGAAGGAUUGUUUUGCAGUUUAAAAGAGCAUAUAAGCGGAAUGACAAGCAUCAACUAUUAGCUGCUGUUAAAUUUAUAGCUCAUCUUGUGAACCAGCAAGUGGCUCAUGAGAUAAUUGCUUUGGAGCUGCUUGCUCUUAUGUUGGAAAAUCCUACUGAUGACAGCGUUGAGGUAGCUGUUGGCUUUGUCAAGGAGUGUGGAUCAAUUCUUCAGGACCUUUCACCAAAGGGCUUGCAUGGUAUUUUUGAGCGUUUCCGUGGAAUUCUUCAUGAAGGAGAAAUAGACAAACGAGUUCAGUUUUUGAUUGAAGGACUAUUUGCUAUCAGAAAAGCCAAGUUUCAGGGACACCCUGCUGUUCGCCCAGAACUUGACCUUGUAGAGCAGGAAGAUCAAUUAACCCAUGAGAUAUCUCUUGAGGAGAAGAUAGAUCCAGAGAUUACUCUAGAUAUUUUCAAGCCGGAUCCUCAGUUCUUGGAGAGCGAGAAGCGUUAUGAAGAACUGAAGAAGACCAUACUAGGUGAAGAGUCUGAGGAUGAAGCAGGUUCUGAUGCAGGCUCAGAUGAUGAGGAUGAGGAUGAGGAUGAUGAUGAAGAUGAUGAUGAAGAUGAUGAUGAAGAGGAUGAGCAGCAGAUGAAAAUAAAAGAUGAGACAGAGACAAAUCUUGUUAAUCUUCGAAGAACAAUUUAUCUUACAAUUAUGUCCAGCAUUGAUUUUGAAGAGGCUGGUCAUAAACUGUUGAAAAUCAAACUAGAGCCAGGUCAAGAGAUGGAAUUAUGCAUUAUGCUGUUGGAAUGCUGCAGUCAAGAGAGAACUUACCUCCGCUAUUAUGGUCUUCUGGGGCAGCGGUUUUGCAUGAUCAACAAAGUCCACCAGGAAAAUUUUGAGAAAUGCUUUGUCCAACAAUACUCUAUGAUUCAUCGGCUUGAAACAAACAAAUUACGUAAUGUGGCCAAGUUCUUCGCCCAUUUACUAGGCACAGAUGCUCUGCCGUGGCAUGUUUUAGCCUAUAUACGCUUAACAGAGGAAGAUACGACUUCCUCUUCUCGUAUUUUUAUUAAGAUUCUCUUUCAGGAACUGUCAGAGCACCUUGGCAUCCGCUUGCUGAAUGAGAGACUCACUGAUCCUUCAAUGCAAGACUCAUUUGAAUCUAUCUUCCCAAAAGAUAAUCCCAAGAACACACGAUUCUCAAUCAAUUUCUUCACAUCCAUUGGGCUUGGUGGCAUCACAGAAAAUCUGCGAGAGUACUUAAAAAAUAUGCCGCGUCUUAUUAUGCAACAACAGAAACCUGUAUCAGAAUCAGAUGAUGAAUCUGAGAGUGGCUCUGGUUCAUCUGGUUCAGAUUCAUCUGGUUCUGAGUCAGAAUCAGAGCAAUCAAGCCCUAGUGAAAGUGAAAGGGAUGAGAGACACAAGAAAAGGAGGAGGAGAGGUUAAGAAACUCAAAGGCUCCUGUGCCUCAACUCUGUGAAGCAGGUCUUCCAAUUCCUCUUACGAAAGCUGUAAAAUACUGCAUUGCUAUGAUCUGAAGCAAGUAUUGUAUGGGUAAUUCGUUUCGAGUUCAAGCAUGGGGCUACCCUCACAAUCUGAUGUGCAAAUUUUUUCUCUCGACUUCCAUCUUUUGUAUUUCUCAUUUCCUGUAAUUAACAGCUAGAGUUUCAAAGUUUUUCUGUAAGAGUAUCUUUUUUAAGCCUUAUUUUAGGGGGCUUUGGCUCGUUUAAGUUGGUGGGAACUAAAUUUAGAGGAAGAAGAGGGUUUGUAUGAUGAAUAAUAGAUGAUGUUGUAUUCGCUUUGGAAGUUUAUGAAGCACUUGUCCCUUAUUUGCAGCAC